UAAAAGCCAGCGUAACGUUAUAUACGAAUAGCUGUGUGUCUCGCGAGGAAACACAAUAACAACAAUCAAAUAAACCAUUGAUUUAGCGAUUGAUCCGUCGGUGGAAGCGCUCAAAGAAGUCAUGUCGAUGUCCGGGAGCUCUGAUGACUGCUAUUUCUACUACUACUCCACGUGUACUAAAGGAGACGAGUGUCCGUACCGUCACUGCGAGCAGGCGUUGGGAUCGGAGAUCACGUGCACUCACUGGCAGAACGGCAACUGUCGUCGACCCGCUGUCUGUAAGUUCCGACACAUGGAGUCCCGUAUCGAUCGGUCGGCCAUCAGGUGUUGGUUUGAGACACAGCCCACGGGUUGUCGUAAACCCCAUUGCGUUUUCCUUCACCAAAAGCCGCGGACCGUAACCCUAGACGAGGACAGCGGUUCCGCUGAGGCCACCGCCAAUGGUAUCAUACGUCCGGUGGUCGCCAACGACGAGACCAACGAUCAGACCGUUAGUAAUCACGCAAACAAUGGCACCAAUAGUCCGAACGUAAGGCAAAGUGCGACCAAAAAAGGCGAAGACUUCUCCAAAAUGAAACUCUUUGACGAUUCAGACUAUUUGAGUGCUUCGGUGUCGACGGCGGCCAACGACUCGGUGGCCAAUCAUAGCAUUACUAUCGAACCGAUCUCUAUAUCAUUGAACGAUUGCGACGACGAGUCCGACAUCGAGUGCUCCGAACCCAACACCAGAAGUGGUACCGAUUGGGACCCAACCCUCACGAAUAGGAAUCAUUCAAAUUAUGGACAGUUUGGCGUCAAGACGUUAGAGCAGAUCCGGAUGGAGAAGGUGUUCAACAGUGAUUCAGAUGACACACUCGGCAACGAUAAUAAUAAUCAAUGUUUUGGCAAAAAUGAGUGCCAAAUAUCACCACAAAAAUCGUUGAACACAAUCGGCAGAGACCUGAGGGUACGGAUUAAGCGGCAAAUGCCAGACACCGAUAGCACAAAGACAUCGACACCUGAGUUGAGUACACAAACCACAAACGCUUCAUACAGAUCAUCAGAUUUUGCGGUCAAAACGUUGGAUCAGAUCAGACAAGAGCGGCAAGAGAUGGCAAAGAGAGAGCAAACAACUACUGAGCAAAUGAAUGGUCUGAAGGAGAAUCAGGAGCCCAGAGGUGAGAAACGGUCGGCCAAUGAGCGCAACAAAUCUGUGAUUAAGAUCAGACGUAUCGGUCCGUCAGUGGACACGACAUCACUGAAGACAUCUCAGCAACAAAUGAAUAGCGAGUCGAGAGAAUCGCAUCAA